GACAUUUGCUUGCAAAACGUCGAGAGAAAAUAACAAACAUAUUUAUUAAAAAUAAACAUUAUUUACGGCUAGUGCAGCGCAAAAAUACGCGAACUAAAGCCAGCUGCUGAGCGUAAUUGACGCACACGCAUAAAAAGUGUAGAAAAAACUAGUUUUUACGUGGCGUCUCGAGUAUUGUUCAGCACUGCGAAAUUAAAUAAAUAGGUCAGAAAAUAAUUAAAAUCGGAUUAAAAUGGAUGUAAACAAGGGUUUCAAGUGCGAGGAGCCGGGCUGUGGCAAGGCGUUCUGGUAUAAAGCAGCACUAAAGCGUCACCUGAACACGCACAAGGAGAACGAUCCAGAUGCUCCGACUGUCACCUGGGGCUGCAGCGAGUGCACCAAGAUGUUCGCGACCAUCGAAUCCUUGCGGCGACACUAUAGAACGGCCCACGGGUCGGUGUAUGUGUAUCCCUGCGAGUUCGAAGGCUGCACCCAAAUGUUUCAACGCAAGGAUAAUCUCACCCGGCAUGCGGCCUCGCAUGCGGACAACAAGCAUUGUUGCGACAUUUGUGGCAAGUCCUUUGCCAGAAAGGACGCCAUGACACGGCAUAAAACCAUCCACGCCCGACAGCCCCAGGCAGCGAACAUAUCGGAUAGUCGUUCCCCAUCCAGCUCGAAUCCCGCCUCCCUACAAGUGCAUCGACGAUCUGUGGGCGCCAAAGUCUGAAAGGCACAAUAGACCAAAGGAACUUACGCCCACAGCGAACGUUUGACUGUGAAAAGCAUGUACAGCUCAUACUCUGGGUUGGCAACACACCCGGAGAAGGAGCGCAGGAGUUACAAUAUGAGGAAUUACCUAUAUAUACAUAACAAAGUUGAAUAUGAGGUUGGGAGCAUAUCCAAACAAUUAACCAUCAGAUAGGAGCGGUUCAAUAUAUUCAUAUAAAAUGUAUUAACGGUUGAAGAAAACCGAACGUGUUCUAAUGUUAAGUUCAAACAUGAAUUCAUACUUAAUAAUAUUCAAUUAAAUUAUAUGUAAAUAUUAUUCUA